GUUCUCUGGCACAGAUUACUUGUGCCCCAAGCCUACUCUUUUAUAUGCCAGAAAUACCCUCACCGCCUUACCGUAAUUAUACUCCAGACCAUAAAACCCCACACCGCUAUAUAUAGAGCUUGUGUGCUGCAAGCCCAGAACUCUCUUCUAUGUACGCUCUCUUCGGGUAAUUGACGUGUUUCGCCGGAGUUGGCGAAAUAGGCUUCAAUUUGACGGAAAAGAUGGUGGAUAGCAGUGGUGGAGCAGUCUUCCCGGUGGUGUUCUUCGACGGAGAGCGCGAAGUCGACAUCGGUAAUGUUUUAGUCCAACCUACUCUCGAUUUCAAGAACUUCCAGACGAUUCUGAGUCAGAAAAUUGGUAUAUCUCCGAAUCAGAUUUCGAUAUACCUCUUCGAUCGGGCGAAAUUGUGGCCGGAGGAUCGGCGGAAAAUGCCGAUCACCGGUAAGGCGAAUUUCUCGCUGAUCGCUCGCGAAAGGGAUUGUUUCUUUUAUGUUGUGUUGAAGCGAUCCAGAAGAGGCCGAAGGCGAAAAUCGAGCGAUAGUGUAGAAUUCGGCGAUUUCUUGCCCGAAAACAAAUUAUCUGCUUCAUCAGAAAAUUUCUCUCCGAUGCCAGAAAAGUUGUUUCUUCUCCGGAGAAACCAAUCGCAAUUGAACAGUCCACAAAUUUCAGGCUAUGUCUCGCCGUAUUACAAUCAGAUUUCGUCGUCGGAGUUGAUGAAUUUGAAUAAUCAGUUACAGAAUUUGCAGAUUCAGAGAGAAAAUCAGGCGAUGAUAAAUUCGAACUUUUCUCCCAAUUUAAGUCUGAAUUUCAAUUCCAGGUUAAAUUCGAGUCAGAAUGUGAAUCUUGAUUUGAAUUCUUUUCCAAGAAUUGAAGACAGUUACUGGGAUUUGAACAAUCGAGGUUUGUGUUUAGAGUGCACUGAUUCGAAGAAGAAUGGAAGAGUAGCGUCGUUUCACCAUUGUGCGUACGACGUCGUGGUGAAAAAUUUUAGGACCAAAGCAGGGCCGAUUGCUCGGCCGUCCAAGGCUUCUCGCUAUUGAUCAAUUGUUUUUGGAUUGACGGAUUUCUGAGUUUGAGCUGGAGCUCUGUCACAGCUUUGAUCAUGUAAUUGUUCAUUGCUUGGUGUGAAUAGACUAUAGGAAGGUAAUCAAGGGUUGCUAUGUGCAGCAGUGUGGCAUAUGUCAGAGCAACGUAUACCAUGGAUUGGGUAAGUAGCCAUACUAGAAGGAUACGAAGAUAGAAUACAGUUAGUGGUUCAUAAUUUCAUAUACUGUAUAUGAUAAUAUGCCGUUUGACAGACAUGCUCUUCGGAGAUGCGAUGGGUUUGGUAGAUCAACAACCACUGGUGGUGGUGGUGGUUUUGUUCUUUUGGUGGGUUUGGUUCACCACCUCAUGAUCAUUUGAGAAUUGUAUAUUUUUAGAGUGGAAUUCUAGUCUUUUGGUUUGGACAUUGAAUUCAACUGGAGAUUGGUGAGAAUUAUAUUUUAUUUGGGGUUAAUACUUGUUUCCCGACUAUGCACAUAUUAUUUGUUAGAAAAUAUUACUUGAACGUAAUUGUGGGAUAUAUUUACCAUUGAAACUUAC